AUGCUACCACGAUUGAUAUGUAAAAGUGCCUGUCUGUCAUGUGUUUUCAUCACAGUCAUUCUCUUUACCUUAGCUUUCCUUUUGUACAUCUCAAACACUCUAACUCCGCUCAUUCUAAUUAAAGAUCCCGACUUUUUGAAGUUCAGAUCGGAGAUCUCUCCGAAGAUUGAAGAAUAUCUAAAAAAAGAAGAGCUAUCAACAGAGCAGAAAAGCAUACUGCAGUACUACAAGAAUGAUCUGCUCGAUAUCUUUGUCAUGAACGCUUGGAAUACAACUCGAGGUGUUCCACAGGAUGUUGUCACUUCUAUCGCUCAGAGUGUUGAAUCACUAACAGGCAAAAGCCUAGAAGGCGUUACAGAGAGCAUGAGGAACAAGCUAGCAUGUCUUCAGGCAUAUCUGCAAAAGUAUAAAAAUGUUGCCCAAUUGGACCUUUCUGGAUUUUAUCUUUCUAGAAUUCCCAUUAAAGCUCUAAUGUUUUUUGACCAGUUGAAUUGGCUAAACUUAAGCUCAACCAAGCUUAAUAGGAACAUUGAGUCUCUCAGAGCUCUGCCUAAUUUAAAGACUCUAAUUUUAGAAAAUAACGACAUUUUUAAAUUUCCUGAUUUUUCUGGGUUUGGACAAUUGAGAACUGUUGUUUUGGAUUCAAACCCUCUUGCAAAUAUUGACUUUUUGGAGUAUAAAAUAAUGAAUGAUGUAUUUAAGACAGUUAAUAUUGCUGAACUUUCACUGAAAAAUGUUAAAAUCGUGAAAAUAGACAAUAUCAACAAGGUAUUUCCUAAUCUAAACUAUCUUAUAUUGACUGAGGAAUAUGUUCAAGAAUUACCUAAACUGAAGAAUGGCAGGGUUGUAUUGGAAUGA